CGAGCGUGUGAUGGGCAAUGUCAUGGAAGCUCAGCAGGUUUGGCAGGGCGUGCCGAUGCCGCAGCGUGGCGAGAUUGUGCGGCAGAUCGGCAACGCGUUCCGCGAGAAGCUCGAGCCGCUGGGCAAGCUUGUGGCGCUGGAGAUGGGCAAGAUCAAGGCCGAGGGUGUUGGCGAGGUUCAGGAGGCGGUGGACAUCUGCGACUACGCGACCGGACUCUCGCGGACGAUCGGCGGCCUGACGCUCAACUCUGAGCGGCCCGGCCACCUGCUGCACGAGGUGUGGAACCCGCUCGGCCCUGUGGGCAUUUGCACUGCGUUCAACUUUCCUGUGGCUGUGAUGGCGUGGAACGCCGCGAUUGCGCUUGUGUGCGGUGACGUGUGCGUGUGGAAGCGGCGCCUACGACGCCGCUCACGUCUGUGGCUGUGACCAAGAUCUUUGCCGACGUGCUGGAGGCCAACUCGCUGCCGGGUGCGAUCUCGUCGCUUGUGCAGGGUGAUGUGCCGAUCGGCAAGGCCAUGGCUGCUGACGAGCGGAUCAAGCUCAUGUCGUUUACCGGCUCGACGGCGGUCGGCCUCGAGGUGGGCAAGGUGGUGCAGUCGCGGUUCGGGCGGUCGAUUCUCGAGCUUGGCGGCAACGCCGCGGUGGUUGUCGAGGCCGACGCCAACCUGGACCUCGCGCUCCAGGCUGUGUUCUUCGGCUCGGUCGGCACCGCCGGCCAGCGGUGCACGUCGACGCGGCGUCUGCUUCUCCACGAGGACAUCCACGACGAGUUCCUCGAGCGGCUGACCAAGCUGUACGCGCAGGUCCGGAUGGGCGACCCGCUGGAGGACGGCAUCCUCUACGGCCCGCUCCACACCAAGGCUGCGGUCGAGCAGUUCAAGGCCGGCGUGGCCGAGAUCAAGGCGCAGGGCGGCGAGAUCCUCGUCGGCGGCGACAUUGUGACGCACGAGUCGAACGGCAACGAGACCCGCGGCAACUUUGUGGCGCCGACCAUCACCGCCAUGAGCGCUGACUCGCCGCUGCUGCAGGACGAGCUCUUCCUGCCGAUCCUCCACACCGUCAAGUACUCGAACCUCGACGAGGCCAUUGCCAUCAACAACUCGGUCCCGCAGGGUCUUGCCUCGGCGCUCUUCACCACCUCGAUCGGCUCGAUGGCCCGGUGGACCGGCCCUUACGGCUCGGACUGCGGCAUCGUCAACGUCAACACCUCGUCGUCGGGCGCUGAGAUCGGUGGCGCUUUCCAGGCCAACAAGGCCUCGGGCGACUCGUCGGAGUCGGGCUCGGACACCUGGAAACAGUACAUGCGUCGCGGGACGGCGACCAUCAACACCUCGAACGACAUGCCGCUCUCGCAGGGCAUCGAGUUCAACUAAAUUGAAUGUUCUGUCGCUGCGA